AUGGCUAAAAGAGCAUUAGGGUUAGGUAAAGGCAACAAUAAUAAAAAACAAAAGACUACUUCAGAUCCUAAAGAACCAUCUCCAGAAGCUCAAUUGAAUUUCAUUGUGGAUUCCAACAUUGAUGAUUCUAAAUUAGAUGAUGAAUUAAUUCAAUUGAAUACUAUGUGGAAGAAUUUCUUCCAUAAUUCAGACAGAGACGAUGAAAUCUUGUUGAACGCCAUCAUCCAUGAAUGUGACAACCUCUUAAGAUCAUCUUUGAAAGAUGAUGCUCUUGCCAAAAAAAUCAAUAGCGAUCAAUUCCAUGCUAUUUAUUCUUUAGCAUUAUCAGAAUUAGCUAACUUUAAAACAGAUUCAGAAAAGAAAAAUGAAAUUGGUGAUUUCUUUGAUGAUGCCAUUGAAAGAAUUGAAAAUGCAAAGAAAUUGGAACAAUUCCAAAAUUCUGUUUUACUUCCCCUAACAAUCUCAAAAAUCCAUUUCCAUAGAAUACCGUUACAAUAUAUUUCAGAUUUAAACCUUGAUAGUACUUCUAAAGAUUUACCAAAAGAUGUUGAUUUAAAUUCUCUUUUAGAAAAUGGUAAAAAAAAUUUCAAAAUUUAUAAAGAUGAUCAUCACUUAACUUUUGAAGUCUUGAGUCUAUUACAUGACUUAUUAGAUAUUGUAGAAACUUUUAAUUAUAGAGAUCAAAUCAAUGAAGGUUUAGAUUCAGAUGAUGAAGAUUUUAUUGAUGAUUUGAAAAAAACUAAAUUAUCUGAAAAUCAUCCACUUUUCACAAUUCAAAAAAAUUUGGAUGAAAACUAUGAUUGGUUAUUAGAAAAUUUAAUUGAAUUACAUAACCAAAUCUCUGAAUCUUCUAAACUUUUCCAAAACGUUAGCAAAAUUAUUGGUGAAUUAUAUUUGAAAAAAUCUGAAAAACCUGCCUCAAUUUAUUUACAACUUCAAUAUGAUGAUGAAGAUGAUGAAUCAAAUGAUGAUGACAAAGAUGAAGAAGUUGUAUUGAAAAAUCAAAAAUCAGCCAUUGAUUUAAUUGGUAACGGUAUUAAAUUUUUAAAACAUGCUAAAUUAGAAGAUGAUCCAGAUACUUGGGUUGCUAUUGGUGAAGGUUUAAUUAAUUUGGGUAAUCUACAAGAUUUAGAUUCAGAAGAACAACAACAAUCUUAUAAAGAAGCUGAAGAGUUAAUUAGAAGUGCCAAUAAAGCUACCAAUGGGAAAUUUAAAAAUGUCUUGGAAAAUUUAUUAUCCAAAGAUGAUGAAUAA